GUGCCCAGAGCCGACAACCACAACCAGCGAAAUCUUGAACAACUGGCAAGCGAGAAAAGAAGCUCUGGCAAGCAAAGAGGAUGAGGCCAGAACAACCCUUGACCCAAUUGUGGCACGUGUCUUGUCUGGGAAAAGCACUGAGCUCGAGGAUGAACUUCUUCGAGAGCACGAUUAUCCUGACAGGUCGCUGGUGUCUGACAUGAGGCAAGGGUUCAACCUAACUGGGUGGAUUGCAACCACUGGUGUGCAUGAACCGGACGUGCGCCCUCCUAAAAGCUCUGUCGAUGUCCAGCUGGCAUCUGCGAAAGCCAAGAAUACUGCAACGCUGCAGAAGAUGAAGUUGUUGGAAGUCAACGAAGUUGCCAAGGAGACGUGGACAGAGACAAAGAAGGAGUUGGAAAACUCCUGGCUGUUUGAAGAUACGUCUCCAGACCUCAGCAAGGUGUUGAUUGCCCCCCGCUUUGGGGUCCGCCAAGGAUCCAAAACGAGAGUCAUAGACCACGGGAAAUCUUGCGGAAUCAAUUCAACGACUGGUCUUCCCGAGAGGAUCCGUCUUCACGGGAUCGAUUACUUGGCCAGCUUGUUGACGUGGGCCAUGAAUGAUCCCAGGCCGAGUGAUCGGGCCUUGCUUCGGAUAUGCGUCCUUGAUACUGAUUCCAACCGGGCUGACAAGCUCGAACCCGCAGCUGCAGAAAGCCUUCGGGGUAGAUUGCAUUGGUUUUCGUCCUUCUUGUUCGGGCGUCGAUCCAGCAUAGCGCUUGGAGAGAUCGGGAAGAGGGCGAAUGGGGUGAAUGGUCACUUUGCCUUGGGCGAAGACUUGCGCACAGCAUUGACUUACCUCAAAGAUGAAGCCUUGGAUGGAGACCCCCUGGUUUUGGAUAGAACCCCAAAAAGCACAUACUUGAUCUUCACUGAUGGAAGCUUGGAAGGAGACGUGGGGAUGAUCGGGGGCAUCUUGUACGACGCCUCAGGACAUCCUCUCUCCUUUUUCUCAGGCCAAAUUCCGGAAGACGUGAUCACGCGGUUGUACAUGUUCUCUGAUCACCCGAUCUUUGAAAUAGAAUUGCUAGCCACUUGGACGGCCCUGUCUUUAUGGCAAGACGAGCUGAGAGAUAGUUUCUCUUGCUUUUAUCUCGACAACGAGGUAGUGCGCUCAUUUGUCCAGAUGGAAGAUGUGGUGAAGUGCCGGGCUUGGUUCAGCCGUGUGCCGACCGCUUCAAAUCCGUCCGACAGUCCCAGUCGUGGAGAGUUCGGCGAAUCCAGGAAGCCUGCGGUGCCUUUGGAGGAAGUGUUGCCACGUGAUGGUUCUCGUGACGACGUCAAGGUGUUGCCGAAUGACCCAGAAACGCUGCGGCUGCGAGUGAAGUCGAUCGCUGAGAUUACGCAAGAAGAGCAGCACGAGUUUGUGUUUAUGAUGAAUCGAUAUGGUGCCACGGUUCUUGUUCAAGAAGAAUUUGAUGAUGGUCUGCAGGCAUACAAGACUUUGGACCGAUGGUUUGGCCGUUGCAUCCCUCAUGACGCUAUGAAUGAAUUUGGCAUUGUUGAGAUCAAUCCUGCGAAGCCAACGAGCAUCAACACUGCAAAUCCCAAGAAGGAGCAUCUGCCACACACAGACGACGCAUACACUGACAGCCCAUCAGCGUUUCUUACUUUGCAGUGUCGGCAAUCCGCCCCCUCUGGAGGUGGUGAGUCUGUUCUGGUGUCUGGAGCUGAUCUCGUAGCAGCUCUUUCGAAUGAGGAGCUUCGAACCUUGAUGCAGCCGGGCAUGGUGUCAAUGGGCCGAAGACCAGCGGGAGAUGGAUCCUGGAUGAAGGUCAGCUCAAUACCCUUGUUUUGGGUUGACAAGGAUUCCGGGUGGCUCCAGGUGCGCUGGCGUUGCAACGAUGGCUGCUUGGGGGACGUGGCUGAGGAAGUCAAGCCCUCCUAUGAGCAGAUGGAUGCCAUUGCUCGCAAGGAGGUCCAUCAGCUAGUCGUGCCGCUGAUCCCGGGUGAAAUCCUCGUCAUCGACAACCGCGCGAUUGCCCACGGCCGACGGUCCUACGAGUCCGACGAGCCAAGGGUGAUGUGGAGGAAGAAUUAUGUUGGUAAUGGGGAGCUUGCAUCCCAGCUGACCAGCGGAAUGUGUGCGACAUUUUCCAGUAUGUUUGAUGGACUUCACAGCAUGUUUGAUCCCUCCUCCUGGGAUCCGGCAAAGAUAAAGCUCUAG